CAGAUUCAAACGAACCAGCGUCCAUGUGUAGCCAUGUUGCGCUUUUUGAUGGUUUCGUUGACAAUUUUAGCCUCCCCACAUUUCCAAAUUCUGGGUAAAGAAAUGGGCGAGCAAUGCUCUUCAGACGCCCCAGCAGCAAACAAAAUCAGAGAAAAGGUAGCCAAUUUACAAAAUGCUGUAGAAAGAUACAUUUGUAGUUUGGAAAAUGAUGGAGAGGCUCCUGCUGAUCAUGAAGAAAAAGAACCAGCUACAACCGUUCGCACAGCAGAUGCAUGCAAGAAAGAAUUUGAACCUUCAUCUGCAGACAAAAAUAAAAGGAUAAUUAUAUGUGCAUUACGGUCAGAGGACAUAAACGCGCAAUUCACAGUUAAUCGCGUAAAUGAAAAGCUCUGUACACACGUCCUUUUAUCUGGAUAUAUUAAAGUGGAUGCAAAAACUACAGAAAUUACAGAAAACAAAAUUGAUACGCACAAUCUCUCGGAUAUGGUAACUCAAUUGAAGGGGAAAAAAUUAAAAAUAUGGCUUAGCAUCGGGGCUGACGGAACAUUAGGACCCGAAGAAUAUUCUGCAAUAGCGAAUACGGAAAAAUCAAGGACUAAAUUCGUCCAAAACGUGAUGAAUAUUGUUUCCACGUAUGGUUUUGACGGAUUCAGUCCCAGGUGGAAAUAUCCCGCCUGCCCAUGGAAUGUAUGCUUGAAACUGAUCAAGCAAGACUUUGCGAACUAUGUACGUCUCAUGGAGGCGUUUUCUUUGAUGCUUCGGCCAAAAGGUCUUUCCCUAGUUGCUUAUGGAACCAACUGGUUUAUGCUGAAUAGAAUGUUCGAUUUCGCUGCUUUGAAGAAGUUUAUAGAUUACUGGCUGAUUGCUUGUUUCAACAGUGAGGGCCACUGGUCUACCACGGCUGGAAUCGCCAGCGGGCAAAAGUUUUACGAAGACUGCUUUGGACGCUAUUCGCCUGUCAUUCCUAUUGAAACAGCACUUAUUGGAAUAUCAAUAAGCUACAGUCCUGUAAAACUUUUAAGGGUGACGACAAACACUAUUGGUAGCGGGAUCAGAAAAGAUGUGAUUGGAAAUUCAAAAUUAAAAUCUUUCAGAGGCGUAUGCACGGCAGUGAAUUCCUUGAAUGGAAAGCUUGUUCAUAACGAAACAGACAAGCUGAACGUCUACUAUACGAACGAUACCGAUUGGGUCUCAGUUGAAAGCACUAUGUCAAUUCGCCAAAAGGAAAGCAUAAAAAUAAUGCUAGUAAUAUUCAAUUUAUUAAAUAUCGCCAAUAACGCAGAUGGAGCUAGUCAUAAAACUCAAACUUCCGGGAGUGUACGUGGAGCACAUCAGUGAUGACGAUUUUGAUGGAAACGAGUGCAGCUGCGGCAAUUUUCCAAUUUUGCGGACAAUCAACGAGGAGGUUCGCGGCGAUGGCCGCUGCUUUGUGCCGAUGUGUCCAGUUGCGAAAGCGGUCGGCGAACCAAAAACUUCAUGAAGCGUUUACUUCGACACAUCUGCUGAUGAUUCCAUUUAUAAUAUCGGUUUCUAAAAAGACACAUACGCAACAUAGAGUUAAAAAAUAUGAAGUAAAUGUAUAGAAAUGUUAUUAUAAACUGUGGGUGUGUAAUAAAUAAUUUACUCUAUAUUCUAAAUGUAUGUACAUGGAUAUAUAAACUGUACAUUUUCUACCCUGUAUUUAACGGUUUCUAAAGAGCCAAAAUUGCGAUUUGAUCUUUUCGAAAAAAAAAUAUUUUUCCUUAUUUAUAUCGAGCAAAUAGAAACUAAAAAUAAAGAUCAGCAUAC